AUGACAUCGUCAAUAAAAAAUCUCGAAGAUCUGACUAUUGUUUGGCUUGAUGUUGAUCGAAUCCAUGAAAACAAAAAUGAUUAUUUCGAUACAAAAACACGUUUACGGCAAUGUAAUCAUUAUAUGGAAAUAUAUAACGAUACAAAUGAAUGUUGUCACGGUAUCAAUAACAAUGAAAACGUUUUACUAAUUGUUCCUGGUUCAAUUUGCGAAAUAUUUAUUCCACAAAUCGUCGACUUGAAACAAAUUGUAUUUAUUUACAUAUUAUAUCUGAAUCAGGACUCCAGUGAUACAUGUCAACUAAAAGAUAUUCCAAAGCUUCGCGGAGUAUUUCCAAAUAAAAAUCAACUUAUUGAAAAAUUAAAACAAGACAUAAAAUCAUAUUCGAAAAGUUUAAUACCAAUCAGUAUAAUUAAUGAAAAAUCGAUUCGUGCUUUAAACAAAGAAUAUACUAUGUUUAUGUGGACUCAAUUGCUUCUCAAUGUUUUAAUCCAAAUACCUCAAACAAAUCAUGAAAAAAUGAUCAUGUUAAACGAAUGUCGAUCGUACUAUGCUGAAGAUCAAUAUCAAUUAAACCUCAUUGACGAGUUUGAAAAAAAUUACAAUGCAGAUCUUGCUAUUUCAUGGUAUACACGAGAUAGCUUUGUUUAUAAACAAUUAAAUAAAGCGUUAAGGACACAAGAUAUUGAUGUCAUCUUUAAAUAUCGUUUUAUUAUCACAGAUAUUUAUAAACAAUUGAAAAAACUAUAUAAUGAAUCUGUUUUAUCAUUAGAAGAAACAUUAGUCGUGUAUCGUGGACAAAGUAUGAGUUGUAAUGAUUUAGAAAAAAUAAAAAAUAAUAUUAAUGGUCUUAUUUCAAUGAAUACAUAUACAUCAACAACUCGGAACAAAAAUUUAGCAUUGAUAUAUGCUGGUAAUGGUUCUGAUAGACCGAUACUUGAAUCGGUUUUAUUUGAAAUUAUAAUUGAAAAAAAUGUAGCUAGUGAUAAUCAACCAUUUGCUGAUAUACAACAUAAGAGUCAGUUUGGUAUGGGAGAAGAAGAAAUAUUAUUAGCGAUGGGAAUGAUAUUCAAAAUUCAAUCAGUCGAACAAUUAAUUGACAAUGGUAUUGUAUGGCAAGUUAAAUUGAUAUUAAGUGAAUCAGUAGUAAAUAAAGACAUAGAUAUGUUAUUUAAUUAUUUAAAAAUGGACGUAACUACAAGUAUAUCGAAUAUUGCUACAUUAGGUUCAUUAUUAAGUCAAAUGGGAAAGUAUAAUAAAGCGAAACGAUAUUAUCAAAUGAUGCUUGAUGAAUUACCAUCAGAUGAUCCGGCAAUCCCAUUGUUAUUGAAUAAUAUAGGUAAAUUAUACAGCCAUGUUGGUAAUUAUAAAAAAGCUUUGGAAUAUUAUACGGAAUCAGAUAAAAAAUAUAAGAUGCAAAAACUAUCAGAAAACGUUCUUUUAUUGGCAUCAUUGUAUCAUAAUAUGGGUUCAUUAUAUCAGGACGAAGACAAUAAUAAAACAGCUUUGGAAUAUUAUAAUAAAGCUCUUGAAAUUUGUCGAACGCAUUCUUCAAUACCGAGUUUUUCAUUAUCUGCAUUAAUAUAUUCUGGUAUUAGUGGAAUACUACAAGACGAUGGAGAGUUCGACAAAGCAUUAGAGCAUUUGCAAGAUGCGCUUAAAAUUGAAUUGAAAUUUUUACCCUCAAAUCAUUUUCGAAUCGCUUCAACAUACAAUAAUAUAGGAGGUGUUUACCUUCUUAAAGGUGAUUAUAAUACAGCCUUACAGUGCUUUGAAAUUGCCUUAGAUGUUGGAUUAAAAUCAUUACCGAAUAAUCAUGAAAAUAUUCAAAUAUACCGUGAACAUAUACAAAGUGUUAAAGAAAGAAUGACAGAAAUGAAUAAAAAUCAUCAGUAA